CGACAACGUGGCAACAGUCAGAGUUUGCAAGUUGCCCCUUUUCCCCCAACCCAACAACAUGAAGCCACUGUCGAGGACCCGGUUUGUGCACAUCAUGGAGAAUACUGACCAGUUAUCAGCUCAUGUGUGUUUCUGCUGAAUGAUGUGGCAGCUGUGGGUGUACUUUGCCUUCCUCUGACAUGUCUGAGCUGCGUUAGAGUCUAGAGAUGGACCAGAGGGGCCACCAAGUGCCUGAUUCUGGCCGCCGCUCCCACAGAAAGAAAGACAAGGAGGAUUACUCCAGGUCUGCUCAGCAGGAGUGGGAUCUGAACUACCCUGUGCUGGACCAACACCGGGGUCGUCCCGAUGCUCGCUACAUGAGCCACUUCACCAGCCCACCUGCCAGACUUCAGCCUCCUCCAUACUACUCCCAGGAAUAUGCAUAUGGAUAUGGGUGGCAGGAGCAUCACAGACCUCAGUCCAGGCAUGGCUAUGACUACUCCUCUCAACACCACUGGGAUUACAGAGACAGCUAUGGCUAUUAUGACUACUACAGAGGCCACCAUGCACAUCAAGAUGGUGUACAGUGGGGUCCCCAAGAAUCCUGGCAAACCAAUCAGUACCCUGACAGGACCAAGGUCCAGGGACAUGGAAUGAGCCUCAAUUCAGAGGAGCACAGAUAUGACCAGAGGAGGGACAUCUCCCAGCGUUACUUCAGUGAUUAUGAAGCUAACCCUUCCAGAGACAAUGAGGAGAUUUCCUCUUAUCACCCCGGGACUCUAGAGAGUUCCAAAACCUCGGGCCUGUCUUCCAGCAGCUAUGAGCUGAGUCAGUACAUGAACGGAGCUGAUGUCUAUGAUUCAGACAUGCAGCCUGUCCUCAGCUCUGACAGAGAGUACUCAUCAGCGCGUCAGACCUCAGUUCCUCUGAAGUAUUCAGUCCCUCACGCGGUGGUGAGCUUCGGGCCCGCGGGCCAGCUCAUACGGGUCACUCCAGCGCCGUCAGUGCAGGAGAAAUCCAGUCCGCUGGAAAUCCACAGUUUGGAACUCAUACUGAGUGAGACCCAGGAACAGCAGGAGAUGAGAAACUUCCCAGGGCCUUUGACUCGGGAAGAUUUGCAUAAAGUGGAUGCAAUAGACUUUGCUCAUCAAAAGGCAGGAGCCUGCAUGAGAGACGGCCAGCUGCCAGAUAGGAGCUCUGCUUCCCUCUUGUGGAACCUUCUGAUACUUCUCUGCAGACAGAAUGGACAAAUAGUUGGCUCAGAUAUCGCUGAGCUUCUGAUGCAGGAUUCCCAUUCAGAUGGAAGCUGGAAGCCAGAUGUUCCCACACUCAUCGACUUCGACGAGCAGCCAGCCGCCGAAGCGCCGCCUGCUGGCGGAGACGACCUGCUCACAGGAGAUCCCAGCAGCUCUGGCACAGAGAGACCAGAGAGGGCGCUGCAGAGCUACACUCAGCUGCUGCUGGCUGGAAGGAAGAAGCAGGAGGCCCUGGAGUCUGCCAUGUCCAGCGGUCUGUGGGGGCAUGCACUUUUUCUGGCCAGCAAGAUGGGCAGCAGAUCAUAUACCACAGUACUGAACAGGUUUACAAGCCAGCUAGUAGCAAAUGAUCCCCUCCAGACUCUCUUCCAGCUUCUGUCUGGGAGAAUUCCAGCUGCAUCUGCGUGCUGCGGGAAUGAAAGGUGGGGCGACUGGCGGCCCCAUCUGGCCGUGAUGCUCUCCAAUGAGACAGGAAGUGGCGCCGUACAGCAGAAGGCCAUCCUCACCAUGGGGGACUCGCUCGCCUCCAGGGGCCUGAUGCAUGCAGCCCAUGUGUGUUACCUGACGGCUGCUGCUUCCUUUGGCCUGUUUCCACAGAAGGCAGACAGACUCGUGCUUCUAGGCAGCAGCCACAGGCAGCCUUUUGGAAACUUUGCAUCAAAUUCUGCCAUCCAGUGUACUGAGCUAUAUGAGUACGGUCAGACACUCGGAGGAAAGUCAUUUUCAAUCCCAUCAUUUCAGGUGUAUAAGUUUCUGUAUGCCAGUCGGCUGUUGGACUGUGGGCUUUCGUCCCAGGCCUUCCAUUACUGUGAGGUGGUAGGGCAGGCUGUGCUCAGGCAGCAGGAGCCUCACUAUGUGCUGAUGGAGGAGCUUAUCAAGCUGUCAGACAGACUGAGGUUCUCUGAGGGUCAGUACAGUGAAACUGGGUUUACUGCAGCAGAACAGGAACCAGAGUGGCUCAAACACCUUCGGACACGACACCAAUGCUUACAGAAGGGGAUUUAUGAUGGCACUAAUGUAAAUCAAGCAGCUCCUGUGAACCAGGCCCUGGCCUAUGAGAACAGCCAACUGGACCCGGAAUCUGAUCUGGAUGAUUUAAGUUGUCACAACCAGAAUCCAGAGCCUGAGUUUCUCUAUUUUCAAAGCUCUGAGCAUCAGGACAGCCUCAUUCAUGGAGAGGAAACACAGAAAAUUAUGUCAAACACUGACACAGAAACACAGCAAAGGCCUCAUGCCGAUGCUCCCUCCAUGCCAACAAUAGCAGUUCAUGCUCCCUCGGCCCCUGCGGGCCAAAACUUCGGUCAUCAUUACACGGAUGGUGUUGAAGUCAGGAGUUCCAUGCCACAUUGUCCUCUGAGUAAUGUUUCUCUGGCAGCUGAUGAGGCAGACUGGUCUUCCGGGGCUGGGACGAUGCUUGAGGUUAGCUCCGGUCAUAAUCAAAACCAGAGGGUCGUCACUGGAGCUGUGGAGGAGCCUGAGGGGCCCAAGGAGGUUCCUAAACAGAGCACCAAGGCUGGGUGGUUCAGCGGCUGGUUCAAAUCCAAACCAAAAAAUGUCCCGGAAAAUACAGAGAAAGACAUCCCACCUCAGACGGACCAGCUCCCAGCUGCUGGACACCACCCUCCUCCUCCACCUGCUGCUCUCCCUGCUGCCACAUGUCCAUCAUCCCCAGCUGGGAUAAAUCCUUUCUCAAGGAGAGCAGGCCUGCAGCCAAGGUAGUAAAAGCUGCAUAACUCCAUAAAAGACCCUCACAGAGGAUUCACCAUCAUGUUCUGUGCAUGGAACAGAAAUACUCGCUACUCAAAUUGCAGCUGGGACAGCCGAGGUAUGCUUCCUGAAAGCUGACUGUUGGGAAAUAACUGGGGGGGACAGGACAGGACAGCAUCUCUAACCCCAGUGACUACAGCCUAGAAGUAACUGGAAUCAGUUUUAUCAGCAGCAAAGAUGCGAGUUUUCACGUGACACAUAACGUUAAAGCCAACUCGAACAACCUGUGCAAACGAGCUGAUCAUUGGAGUUGUGGGUAGCCAUCGUUUUCUGCCUGAUUAUCAGUCCUUUGAAUGUAGAAGAAAGCGGUAAGUCUAACAGAGCCGCUGUGUUAUUUGUAAUCUGGUUAACAGCCACUGCUUUAAAUCACACAAAUGAAACACUUUCAUCAGUGUAGCUUUUGAUCUACUUGAGGUAAUCCUCAGCCAUUCUGACUCUCUUAAGGAUUUUAUGUAAAUAAAGGCAGUGUCGUUUUUUUCAUUAUAAUUGCAAAACGUACACACAGCGCUUCCUCAUGUCGUCUCAUAAAACGUGGUUUGUGUGAGUGUGUGUGCAUGCAUGGACAUGGGGGGUUUCUAUGUAAAGGGAGACUUCUGCCAGGUCAUCAAUGCUUAGCGCUUCUGCUCAUACCCUCCCACCCCCAAAAAACAUUUAAAGAGCCAAACUGUUUAUGAAAUGUUCAUGUGAGGAAGGUUUAUCUUAGUUACCUACUAAAUGUCUGUGGAACUACAUUUACUUUGAGGAUCACCUGUUUUGUUACUUUGUCAUCUUGUAAACAUGUCUGUAUAUAUUUAAGAUGUUUUAAGUUAAGCAGUGAGGUUUUGUUUUGGAAGUAUAUUAAUGCCUUCUACAUAUCAGGUACAUGACGAUUCUCUGUUUCUCUUUCAAUGACAGUAAAACAUUAAAACAUG